UUUUACGGUACCGGGAAACCUAUAAACAAAAUAUCUUUAAAAACCUUUAGAAAAGUCGAGAAAUAUUUUAUAAAAUGAGCAUUGAUGGGUCUUUUGUGCAUCUUGAAGAUAAAAAAAUAUCUUCUCUAAAAGCACUAAUUAAUUGUGUUUACACAAGUUGUUAUUGUGAAGAAAAUGUCUGGAAAUUAUGUCAACAAAUAAAAGAAUCACAGGGAGUUGCGAUACUGAAAGAAUAUUUUGUUGUAUUUAUUUCAAAUAAAGAUAGAAAGAUACCACUGUGGAUGCAAAAGCAAGGGAAAGAUCCACUUACACCUGUUUUAUGGGAUUAUCAUGUUAUACUUACACAAAAGCCAAAAAUUGGGCCUCCAAAGGUGUUUGAUUUGGAUUCAGUAUUAUCAUUCCCAUGUCCAUUAGAUAUGUACCUUGCACAAGCUAUACGAUCUGAACACAAUAUAAAGAAAGAAUACCACAGAAAGUUCAGGAUAAUUGCAGCUGAUGAUUUCCUUAGUAAAUUUGCAUCUGAUAGAUCUCAUAUGUUAAAACCAAAUGGUGAAUAUAUAAAACCACCACCAGAUUAUCCUCCAAUCAGAACUGCAGAUGAAUCGAUGAAUCUUGAUGAAUAUAUAGACAUGACACCUCAUUUUGGCGAAGGCCGAGUAAAGGACUUAAAAGGUUUUGUCAAGUACUAUGGAAUUAGUUUUCCUAUUACCUGAAUACGUCGAAUGACAUUUUGAUUUCAAAGCUUAUACUUCUGAAAGUCAAUAAUCCUUCAUGAACUUCAUGCUUCUAAACUACUUCUGUUCUUGAAAUUAUUUUGUUUGCUAAUAAAUUUUUUACGUUAUUGUUAGAAUAGAAAGUUUAAGUAAAUAUGCAGGCGAAUGUCAUAAAUUAAUUGAUAUAAGUUAUUCAAUAUAUGUUAUACAAUA